UCUUCUUCCUCCUACUGCCACCCCUUCACCAUCACCAUAUCCAUUUUCUAGAUACCUUCUUUUUUGGCUAAAAAAUUAAAAGCAAAAAAGGGAACUUUUUUCACCAUAGCUUUUAGUGUACUCUGUUUGUUUGCUAUUUGUCAUCUUCUUGUCCCAAUAUUCUCUUAUAUGUAGUGGUGUAUAUCACUGUUAUUCUUAUCCCCUUCUCAUGACUUAACAUUUUUCUGUUUCUGUUGUUUCUUUUUAGCUCAAUUUCAAGUGUUAGCUAUAGUUCUAUUACGUUUAUGCAUAUGUAUUUAUGUUCUUGAUUCUUACCUUUAGUGGGUCUCUUUUAGUUAACUUUUCAACUUUUCUAAAGUAUCUUGAAAUCUAGCCAUAUAAAUAUUAUUUUUCUCUGGUUCAGUAGUAGAACUUUCUAUAUUGAAAAUUUUGAGCUUGUGGGGUUUCUAUUCAUGAUUUUAUUUGUGAAUUUAGAGGGUUGAGGUACCCCUCAAAAACUCUACUUUUUGUUUGAAAAAAGGUCUGCAAAAGCAUUUCAAUUUGAAGCUUUAGUUCUUGGAUUCAGGAUUUAAAGUUGGGAGAAAUCUUUAAUGGAGCAACAUGGUCAAUGAAGAUUCAUAUAGCCGAUCUCAAUUUGCUUCCGCUUGAGGUAGUGGUUGUUGUUUUUCCUAAUAAAGGAGAAUUAUUUUGGGUAUUUGAAGGGAGAAACUAAGGAAAUAGGAGAAAAGUAUGGAUCAUAGAAGUCAUCAGCAGCAACAGAUGACUUCUGGCUUAACUCGAUAUCGAUCCGCUCCGAGUUCUUAUUUUUCCAGUCUUUUGAGUAGUAAUAAUCCUACUGCUGUUGUUAGUGGAGGUGGUAAUUGUGGUUAUGCAAGAGAUGAUUUUGAUCAGUUGCUCAAUUCUCGUGCUUCGAAUACUGAUGAUGUAAAGCAAGUUUUCGAUAGAUUUGUGGCUAAUAUUGAUCCCCAAGAUUUGAAUCCGAAUAAUGGCCUAAUUGGUGAUACUCAGCAAAUUCAGCAAAAUCACAUGAGUAAUAUGAAUGUUAGAUCAGAGGGUGUAGCUCCUACGAAACAAGAACAUGAGCAAAGCCAAGCGCGACAGAGUCAGAAUUCGCAGUUUAUUGCAGCAGUGAAACAAGAAACUCAGCAAAAUAGUGAUUAUUCUUUGGCUUCACAAAUGAAUUAUCAAACUCAAGCUCAACAAAAUGACAAUUCGGACCUUACGUCGGCCAUGGAUAAUUUUGCCAGAUUUUUGGGUGCGGCAGAUUCAAAUCGUUUGAACCAGACGAAAAUGGAUGGUGGAUUUGGUGCUGGUAGUAGUAAUUCAAAUCUUACUCGUUAUAACAGUUCGCCUGCUGGAUUCUUUGCACAAUUUGAUAUUGAAAAUGAAUAUGGUGCAAUGAGAGGCAUAGGGGGUUAUGGAGCUGGUGGUAAUGCUGCUGCCGAAGCAUCAUUUCCCACUCCAAACAGGUUUAGUAGUCAAACGGCUCUCCAAUCCGGACAACCGCCUUCUUCGGGGCUAUUAGCUCCAAUCUCUGUAUUUGGAGCUAAAAGCAUAGAAGAGGGCCGAGCAGGCGAUGAAAGUUUUGGUAAAGGCCAUAAAAAUGAUGAGAGUUACAUGACAGUUUUCCCCAUGCCUUCUUGGGAUGAUUCACAAAUGUUGACUGAUGAUUUCCUUCAAGUACCAGAAGAUAAUGAGGCCGAGCCGUUCUCCAAUGUAAAUGCAUCUGAUAAUCAGAGUAGUGAAGGUCGAGCUCGCCCUCCCACUCUGUUGUCUCAUCUAAGUUUGCCUCAAACCUCAGCGGAGUUAUCCGCCAUGGAGAAGCUCUUGCAAGAUUCAGUACCUUGUAAAGUCAGAGCAAAAAGAGGUUGUGCCACUCAUCCUCGUAGCAUCGCUGAAAGGGUAAGAAGAACGCGAAUUAGCGACAGAAUGAGGAAGCUGCAAGAUCUUGUUCCCAAUAUGGACAAGCAAACAAACACAGCAGAUAUGUUGGACUUUGCAGCUGACUACAUUAAAGAACUAGAGACACAAGUCAAGGCACUAUCCGAAAGGCGUUCGAAGUGUACAUGCUCGAAUAAAAUAGAAGAUCACAUUCAAAAAUGAUAAGGUAGGGCAUUGUUGUGCACAUUCUAGUGGGAUAAAAAAGAUUGACAAUGGAAAUAGCAAGCAGAUAGGUAGAUUCUCUUUUGGCACUUGAAAAAGAAGAGAAUAGGCUGUCAUUUUUUGGUGUGUAAAAAGAUAGAAGCAUAUUCAUCUGUUGUAACAUAAUAACCUAACUCUACAUAAAUUUCCAUUGUCAAAUUUUCUUGAUCUGUUGUGUUUCUGUGAAAGGAAUAGAAUGAUAGGACUUAAUCAA